GUGGGAGCUACGUGACCCGGCAGCCGCUCUGUGUGAAAUGAGGAGAUUUCAGUUCCUGUUUUCACCUUUUCACUUUGUGGAUAUAAGUUACUCUCCGGCUAAGCCUCAGAAACUCAGAGCAUAAACAAACUCUCCGUCCUCGAGUGGACAGUGUGUGUCCAUCCAGACCGGACACCGAGCUCAACUCGACACUCUGAGCUGGAUGCUGACUUGUGUGCGAAUCUUUCUCUUCCUUCUGCUGACUGAUCCGGCUGACUGACCCAGUGUAAAAAUAGCGUUUAAGGCAGAACCAUUGCUAAGCAUUGAGAAACGCAGUGAGGUUCUGCAGGAUGGAGGAAGCGUACACGGCCUUGUAUCAGGAGUUUCUCCGGCUUCAGGCACUCUGCCUGAAACAAGCUGAAAUGCUACAGCGUCUUACUGAAGCGCUCAGAAGACAGCAAGGUCUACCUCCUGUUUCUAAUGGAGACCUUGAGGACUUGGUUUCUAUCCCAAUCCAGUGCACGGAUGAUGAGAACGUCACUUAUCCUAAGGGUCAUGCACAAGCAGCUCAAAUGCAGACCCUUGCACUACACAGUAGAGGUGAUACUGAGAUCUCUCCCAUUGCUGGAGCAAUGGACAGACUACAGCUCGACCCGACGUGGAGGGAGGCAAACCUGAACAGCCAUGAUGAGACAGUGUCAGUGGAUUCUACAAGACAAAAAGGGACCCUGGAGCCCAGCAUAUUGGAGGAGUUAAGGCAGGCAGAGCAACGGUGGCAUAGCAGCCAACCACCUAAACCGACGCAGAGACCCUGGUCCUCCUCCUUCAUGAACAGUGAGAUGCUGAGCCAGGCCGGGGGGCUGCUGAUGUCGGGGGUUACACUGCAGUCUCAGGUGUGUGAGUUCUGCCAUGCUGUGUUUCCUGGACACACCACCACCAGGGGAGAGUUUCUUCGCCAUCUGACAACUCAUACCUCAUGAAUGAAACACACUGCUAAAGUACGGGGCUUCUCUGAGUCAUUAGUAACCUUCUGGAUGUUUUUGUAGCCAUAAUAGAUUAAUUUUAUCAGGACUGUUGGUUCAUACCAGUGAAACAUAUGUUACAUAAGGUGUUCAGCAUCAGUACAGAGUAAUGAAGUGUAGUGUUGAAUUUUUUUACUCAGAUUCACAAAGGCAUCUGUGAUCUCUAAAAGACUUAAAUGUAAAUGUUUUUAGUGCAAAAAUGCCCAAUGCCUUUAUUGCAGUUAUAUUCAUACUUUGGCAAGAAAUAGUGAAACGUAAAUGCUGCUGAACUACACUGUAAGCUGUUAAAUGUGCUCUAUUAAGGGUGGCCUCGUGAUAAAACAGUGUGUUGAAGUUUCUGUUCUGUAAUAUAAUGUACACAUGUUAUAAUAUAUAAAAACAAAUCCUGGAAAAAGUGUUUUUCCUCUACUGUAAACAGCAUGGACACUACUUGUGCUAACUGCUAAUGGAACUCAGUUCUCUUUGGUAUUUGGUACGGCCCCCUUUUGCUUUAAAGGGAUAUGCAAAGGGAGGAAAUUUCAUCCUGAAACUGAGUGCCAGGGAAGUUAUCUGCCUUUGCGUAGCACUUCAUGCUUUCUAGGCAUGCUUAAAGUAGUUUUGGCUUGUUAAAGACUGAAUUUCUUUCCCUUCUUAAUCCAGAAGGUUUACAUGUUUUGCUAUCCCAGCAAGUAGAGAUUUUGCCCUUCCGAUAUGACAUCAAUGCCUGAUCCGCUGAUAUCGAGUACCAAUACUCAUACUAACUCUAUCUAACUUAACUACACAACAGGUGCCUGAGAUUUAUACAGUCUACAGUCAGUAUUUUAUUUUGGUGAAAGUGGUGUUCUAUGUCACUAAUAAAACAUACUAAGCUUGAAUAAAACUAUGUUCAAUCUU